UCUUGAGCGACCUCGUCAUGAUCACUCCAUGAAGUCUCCAAGAUAGCAUGUAAAUGCUUCUGUCUUUCAGUCGCUUGCAAAAGACUCAGCCACAUUGGCUCUCACUUUGGCCGCCGGUGGGCGCAUCGCAAGCUGCGCUACGCGACUACGCUCUCAGAGGUCCAUCUCCACCAGCUCUCGUCGCUGCGCGCCCUGGGAUUCACUCCUCAGCAAACUACAGCGCCUUGCUCUCGGGCACAUACAGUUGAAGAAGGAAUCUCCUGACACCCCUCUGCAGAACGCGACCUCGAUCGAGCAACCUGCUACACCAACUGCUACACGUCGUCCACCUGCUUUCAAAGCAUGGAAACUGUCCUCACUACGAAAGCCGCUCCUCGCCUCUCACAAGCCUCGUAACGCUUUCUCUCCUAAACUAGAGGACUGGCAGCCUAGGAGAGGCCGCCGAGUUCGAGACAGCUCCAUAGAAAGCGCAAUGGAUGCGACCAUCGACAUCGCGACAACACCGUCCGCGGAUACUCCGGGCACGACGCUGGUACUUAAGACGCCCACGCGGUUCUAUGUGUUUGGCAACCAGGCGGAGGGCACGCAGCGCGCGCUCAAUGAGGGUGGACAUCGUUUGACAAAGGUACAAGAUUUCUUCAUUACGGGCAAGACCGAAUGGAGCAACAUUGGAGGACUGCUGGGCAUGGCCCUGACGCUGGCCGACGCCAGCGCAACGGCAUAUGAAAGCGCUAUGGAGUCUUACCACAAGAAAAAGAGCAAAGGGACUGCGCCAAUACCGCCCAAACUGAACCUUUACGGACCGCCCAACCUCAAGCAUGUACUGGCCACUUGUCGAAGGUUCAUCUUCAGGAAAGGUCUGCCUCUGGUCGCCACCCAGUACAGCCCUGGGCCGCCGUCGAAGACUGCCGAAGGCGUCAUUUCACCCACGUGGGAAGAUGAAAACAUCCAUGUCUGGGCCAUGUCUGUUGCGCCGUCACAGGCUCCUGGAGACAAUGAAGACAUUGAAGCUGCGCUCGCCUUCAGCAGGCAACGCUACGAUGCGACACUCAAUCAGUUCGACGACCACAAACCCAAGCCGGAUGGAGAAAGUGACGCGGAGAGGGAAAUAAGAUACGACCAAAUCCGGACUGAGGUACUCGGCCACAUGUUCGACUCAGCAUGGAGCUUCGAUACGCUGGUUGAACACCAUAUUUCCGAGGUCGAGAUGCCCACAGUGAUGUACCUGAGGAACCAGGAGACUGGACAACUCGAAAAGUACAAUGGCCCAAUGCCCGGCGGCGCUGAACCGCUACCAGAUAUCAAAGUGCUGACACGCACGCCAUGGCCUGGAGCCACGGUGCUGAGCCUUCCACCCACGAAACCGGCUUUAGAAGCGGUCUCCUAUAUCGUACGCACUCGGAAGGUGAGAGGCAAAUUCGAUGUAACCCGAGCUAGAAGCCUUGGGUUGCGGGACGGCCGUGCAUACGCCAUUCUUACCAGCGGCACUCCUGUCGAAAACGACAAAGGAGAGACCAUCACGCCCGACAUGGUGCUGGGCCCGGACAGGCCAGGCCAAGGAGUUGCCAUCUUGGAUGUUCCUUCGGUCGGCCAUCUCGAAUCGCUCAUCCAGAGGGAGGAGUUCACGUCUAGCGGCGUCAUGUCUGGAAUUCGUGCCUUCGUGUGGAUUCUGGGACCCGGCGUGUCAAGACAUCCAACGUUGAAAGACUUCAUGCACAAGUUUGACCAGGUCCAACAUGUCAUAUCAUCGGCAGACGAGGCUCCAAAUCGGGUAGCGUUGCAGUCGGUAGCAAGGCAGACAAUACAAUUGAAGCAGAUUGACCCGGCCAGCUACAAUGUCCCCGUUCAUGACGUCUCCACAAUCCCGCAGAAGCGCCUAAAUGGAGAGGUCCCUCAAGAGGGCCAGCCGUUGUCAAACGUCAUGAUUGCCGAACGAGGUCUCAGAUUCCGUCUGAUGCCGAACUGGGAGAUCCGCACGGAUGAGAUCAAACCCGACCUGGAUGUCUCGUCCAUUGAAGCUUCCACCUCGCCCAGUAUCCUUGAAUCGGCAGAGCAGGCGCGAGAGAACAUUGCACGCGACAAAGACAGUUUGCUGGCGUGGCGGCAAUUACUGGCCAGGCCCGACACGGAGAUCAUAACGCUGGGUACGGGUUCUGCGCUCCCAUCAAAGUACAGGAAUGUGUCGGCGACGUUAGUCCGGGUCCCAGGCAUAGGCAACUAUCUCCUCGACUGUGGAGAGAAUACGCUGGGCCAGCUGCGACGGGUCUUUGAACCGGACGAGCUGAUCGAGGUACUACGCGACCUACGCAUGAUAUGGAUCAGCCACCUGCACGCAGACCACCAUCUCGGAAUCACAUCCGUGAUCAAAGCCUGGUAUGCCGUCGUGCACAACAGUGUACCAUGUCCCACGCCUCCCACCAUGCCGGAUAUAUCAGACUCUCUGCAACUCUAUGGACUGUCAGUCGUCUCCCACGACGGCAUGCUCAAGUGGCUCCGCGAGUACUCGGCCGUCGAGGACUUUGGCUAUAGCCGCAUCCUCCCCCUACAGAUCACACCAUUCGCACCCGCAUCCGGCUCCCCCUCCACUCUAAGCCUCUGGCCCGGCAAUGGCCGCGAGGUCUACAAAGGCGAGCACACACUGCAAAGAAAAGACUACGAAGCCGUGCUCGGCCUCUCCGACAUCCAAGCCUGCCGGGUCGCGCACUGCUACGGCGCCAUGGCCGUAACACUUACAUUCCCGGACGCACCGGAGGACGCCCAAUCCGACCCUCCCAAAAAGCCUCUAAAAAUCUCCUACUCGGGCGAUUGCCGGCCCAGCGGGCAAUUCGCUCAAAUGGGGCGCGACACGACGGUCCUCAUCCACGAAGCGACGUUUGACGACGAGAUGCAGGCGGAUGCGAAGAAGAAGAAGCAUUCGACGACGUCGGAGGCGCUGGGGAUCGGCGCGUCGAUGGGUGCGAAGGCGGUCGUGCUCACGCAUUUCAGCCAGCGGUAUCAGCGGAUUCCGGUCCUGGAGACGGUGGAUAUGGACCAGGGUGAGGGUGUAGCGGCGGAUGUGUUGGAUGCUGAGGCUAUUGCGACGGAGGAUCCGCCUGAGGAGGAGGAAGGGGAGGCGGAUGCGGAUGUGGAGAUGGGAGAAGCGGGUGUGGAUGUGAAGGGUACGAUUUCGGGGGGUGCGGAGCCCGCUCUUCCUACCGAUCAGGUGGUGGCGCCGUCCAAGGAGAAGGUGAUCAAGGUGCGGGCGAAGGAUAUGAAGGUUGCGGUGGCGUUUGACUAUAUGAGGUUAAGGAUCGGGGAGAUUGCGCGGUUCGGGUAUUACAAUGCUGCGUUGAAUCGGUUGUUGUCCGAAGAGGAGGAAAAGGGGGAGGAGAAGGACGGAGGAGCGGGCGUGGGGGAAGAGGAGGGGAAGGUGAAUGGGAAUGGGAAGAAGACGAGUCCCAAGCAAGGGGGUGGGGAGAGGAAGAAGAAGGCGAAGAGGAGGAAUUGAGGGGGAUGUGUAGGAUGGGUGUAUGAAUAUGGAUAUCGUCGAGAGCUAUGGUGUUGGACGGGCGGAGACUCAUAUAGAACUCGGAGUUUAGGUCCUUCAAUC